AUGGAUGAGCCAACUCCCAGGCAGCAGCUGCUGCUGGCACUGCCUGAGAUGUUCCCCGGCGAUGACAACAUCGAGUUCUGCGGCGAGGCGGCAGUGGCUAUCGGCCAGAUGCCCGUCGACUGGUCCGCCGGUCUGCUGCGCCUGCCGGUUGGCGCCCGAAAGGCGGCUAUCCAGGCAGCCGUCCGAGGUGGGCGCAGGAUCGGCAGCACCAGGGGCUGGGGCAUCAAGGCAGUCCUGGUGGUCGUGGUGGUCGUGGCUGUGGUCGUGGUGGUCAUUGUGGCCGUGGCUGUGGUCGCUGCUGUGGCCGUUUGGCUCAGCCUGGCGCGGAUUGAGGAGCUAUUCAGGGGCAGCUUGACGCGGCAGGCGGAGAUAUUCACGGCCAGCCUGACGCGACAGGGGGAGGCAUUCACGGCCAGCUUGACGCGGCAGGAGGAGGUCCUCAUGGCCAGCGCGUUGCAGCAGGUGGAGGAGCUCAGGGACGACGUGAUGCAGGUCAAGGAGCUGCUGAGGGCACUCAUGCCGGAGUGCCGCUUUCCGAUGUCCUCCGCCACCCGCUCCUGCGUGCGCACGGCGUGCGAGCGCCUCGGCUACGGCAUCAGUUUCCACGUCAAGCUUCCGCAGCCCAGCUGGGAGGAGCAAGGGGAAGUGGCUCCCGUGGCCUGGCGCGCCAGGAGUAAGGAGGACCCAGCCAUGCUGACAGAAUGCAGGCAGUGGCUGCAGGAUCACAUGGCCCCUCCUGGCGUCACGGUGUAUCGCGUCACCUCUCGGCAGUGGUUGUACGCAGACUACAACCACCUGAACGUCAACGUUGUCGGCGGCACGGACUUUGUCUUCAUGGCCGACUGCGUCUGGCGGGGCCCGGUGGACCGCGAGCCAUCUGUCCCUGAGCUUAUGGGCAGCCUGCAGGGCGUCCUGGGUGCUUACGAGCUCAGAUCCCAGGCCUAUGUGCAAGUGGCGUAUGGUGUUCCGGCUGACUUUGGCAAGUACGAAGAGCUGGCGCAUGCUGUGCCGGAGUAA